GAAGCGCACAAAAGAAAAAAUAAUGGCUCCGGCUCUUUCGAAAUUUACGGUACAACCCAAGAACCGUCAUAAUUUUCGGUACUCAAAGGAGGGAUUACGGGGCCCGCUGAAUGGCGAAAGAGAGUACAGUUGGCCGACAGUGGAAGUUACAUUUGGGAAAGAUGUAUCCAAACCCAAGCGAAUGCAAAUUAUUUGGCAAUUGGUGAAGCCAUACUCACAAAGUCCUACAUACUUGGUUUCCACUAAUGCUCUACAGCCAGUUGAAAAUAAAGAUAAUAAAAGGAAACGAACUCGCGCAGAAAUUGCUAUUAAUUUGAAACCUAUCAUCGAAGAGAUAGACACUGACGUAACGAAGUCGGAGUAUAAAUUUCAACUCAUCAACUACUGCAUUGUUAAAACCAAGAAAGAUGAUAUACCAAAGCUUUUGGACCAAAUGAAAAACUUUCUUACUGACAAUAUGGUUAUGUUGCCUACAAAAGAGUUGGCAACCGAAGAGUAUAGCAAGGUUGAAACAGUAUAUCUGGCUUUUACAGCUCUAAAUAUGGACACAAUCCCGUAUCAAAAGAUUUCCAAAACACUUUUCUCUAACGGCAUAUUAAAUACAAACGCAAAACUCCAACUAAACAAAUGUUGCAAUACCUGGAUAGCCAUAGAUGGAAAUAUGCACAUAGACCUAUUACUAUCUGAUACCCUUAGAGACUAUCAGAUUCGCAUUCGUGAACUACAUGGGAAUUGGGAGUCCGCACUUAUUGAGCCCAUUAAAGAGAGUAAAUUGAAAAGCCGCCAUGGCGUCCUCACCUAUGAGGCACCCAAAUAUGAUGGAACCUCAACUAAGGACUACGUUAAUUGUGAAUUGGAACUUUACGAUGGCAAUGUCAAGGCUGACUCAAAGACGAUUAAGUAUGUUCGGCUUCCCUUGAAAAACAAGGACAACACGGUCAUAGAUAUGGAAUCCAAUAGUGAUGAUAAGGAAGGGUCAGAACCUAUUGAGAUUCCAAUUUCUCCUGCUGAUUCUCAAUCGGAUCACUCUGAUGCUGAAUGUACAGCUGUGAAACGUAAAAAACUUACUAAGAAGAUAAAGCAGACAGCGGAUAUUGCUUUGCAGCCAAUGUCGCUUAUAGAAGACCCGAUAAGUUCAGGCCUUUCGAUUCCUGUUGGGGUUCCAGAGGCCAAUACGGAUGAAGAAGAACCAAACGGAGAAAGUGGUCAUGAAAGUGAUGGCUCGGAACCUUAUCCUGCUGAAAACAUUUACAACCCGGAAUCAAACAAUUCUAGCCUUCUACCGCUAGAUUUUAAAGAUAUUAUCCGUGAGCUUCAUAAUGGUCUUAAGCUUAUAGGCAAGCAUUUGCGGAGAAAAACUGACUCUAUAACGACUACAAAAAUGAUUUGGAUGAAUGACGUCAUGAAAAUAAGUAAUGUAUAUACCCACUGGAUUGGAAAAAAGUGUACUACUAUAUUCCAUGAGGCCAUUACACUUGGGCAGUAUCUUCAAUUCAAAGAAGCCUUCAACUGCGAUCAAAUUUCAAAGGAAUAUAUUAAAUAUCUGACCCAAUUGGAAAGGCACACAUUUUUGCAUCACGCUGUACGUGAGGAGUGCAUAGAUCUAUUGAAUAUGCUGGAUACCCAUUUGCCUAUAGGGGAAUUGGCUCUGGCCCUACAAACGUAUAAUGCUGAAGGAUUUCCCCCAUUUAAUUUGGCAAUCCAGGAAUGUAGAAAGAACAGCUUCUUAUGGCUAAUGAAAUUGUGCGAGAAAAAAAACUUCGAUAUAUCUGGUUUUAAAACAAGAACAUUGGGAUAUACUCCCUUUCAUUUGGCCGUUAAGAGCAAAGAGUGUGACUUCUUCACAAAACAUAUCCUAGAGCGGUAUCCGCAUGCAGAACAUUGGACAAGCCUUAACGAUAUGACAGCAUAUGAUGAAUAUAUUCCUAGAAGUCCACAGUCACCUUCGGGUUAUGACAGCUGUCCUAUGGACGGACUAUUACGUUACGAGCAGCACUAUCCACCUCAGCCAAGUUGGAUGGCUCCACAGAGGUUCUCCUUGCAGAUGUCGCUGCAACGUCAACCGGCUUUUGGCGGCUUUCAACGACAAUAUGCUAGAUCACAUAUGUAUCCCGAGGUCAUUAUGCAAAAUUACUAUAUAUUUUGAACUGUAUUCAACAUAACCUGUAUACACAUAUAUAUCGCAAUACAACUUUAAUCAGGUACACAUAUACAUAUAUCCAAAUAAAAUAUUUACUUAUCUAUAAAA